AUGUCUUCAAGAGCAACUAACAACUCCAUUUCAAAAAAAUUCAUAGCCGAAAGCAAUCACACACCUCAAUCACCAUCUGAUGACAUUGGAGAAAACCUUGGCAGCGCUCAACAAAAAUCAAACGUAACAAAAGCACAAGUGAAGAACACUCUGAUGGAGGCCAUCGAAAUUUCGUCUAGUCUCAAUGAGGGUGUCAAGAUGGUAGAAAAUAAGGAGGAAUUAAAAUCUAAAGUAGAGGAUGUGCCAGGUGAAACCAUCUUUAACAAGGAGAAUAAAGGUAAAAAAUAUGAUGCGCUCAACUCACAAAUCAUGAAGAUGCAAGAAGUUGUCACUAACUUGCAAAACAUGGCCUCUGUCAAUCAAUCUAUGAUGCCAAUGAUGCCUUACUUUCAUCCCAUGCCGUCACAAUUUUAUAAUCAUUUGGGAGGAUUUAACCCAAGCUCACCUCCUUAUCCAUCGCUUUCAAUGCCAAUGACCAUGUCUCCAUAUGCAAGUCCCUUUGAAAACCUUUCUUUUGAGCAAGCCAUGACAGACACGAUAAUAAACAAGUUGGCCACUCCCCCGGUUGAAAAACCUUCUUUUGAGACAAAAAAAUCUUUUCUCGGUGUGAAGAAGACUAAUCCUAAAAUUUCUAGAGCCCAGUCAUCCAAAAAAAUACAUGGUAAACAAUUAUGUGUAGCAGAUACUCCAUCAACUGAUGUUGUCAAAUCAUUGCUGAGUAACGCAUCUCCUACUGGUUAUCAUAUAAAUCAGAGGAUGCCAGGGUUUACAAAACUCCAACCGAGAAAUCUUGGGGUUGAAGCUCCAUUUUGGCUACCAGUAUUGUUUGCACCGCCAACUACCAUGAAAUUAGAUGACACUGAAAUCAUGGUUGCAACCUACAUAUUUGGAACAAAUAAAGAUAAUGAGUUUGGGAGACAAGAGAUAUUAGCAAAAGGAUGCAAAUUUGAUGCAACCAGAGAUUCUUUUUUUAACUUAAUUCCAAAGGGUUGGAUUGACCAAACUAUACUGGACGUAUAUGCUCAUAUGCUAAAUGAUGAGGAGAAGACUACUUCCGGAGUUUUAAGACAUUGGUAUAUGCCCACAGUCUUUUCGCAAAUGGCAUUGUCGGGAACUAUCCCAAGUAGUCAACUUCGAGAGGAUUAUAAAGAGGCAUUUAUGGGCAAAGUGGAAGUCCUUAGAAAGAUUUAUGUGCCUGUUAAUGAAGAUAAUCUUCAUUGGUAUCUUGUUAUCUUCGACAUGAAUCAGUGUCAAGUAAUUUUGUUGGAUUCCAACCCAGACCCUAAGAAGAAAGCAAGUAAAAUAUUCAGCAUUAAGCAAUUGGCUUUGUACCUUGAAGGGAUGCUUCAACAUGAAUCUUUCUAUGACUUUGAGAGUACAAUUAGGCCUAAGGUGUCUGAGUUUCCCAUUUUGGAAGCUCUCGGAAUAGGAAGACAAAGAAAUGACUCGUAA